AUGCGUCAUUUCAGUUCCAUCGAAUCGCGGCCAACACAUCCGAGGAACAACACCAAGGGCGAAUCCCUGAGUGAUCUGCUUCCGCCCGCCUCCAAUCAGCAGGGGGCGGGCCGGGGACCCUCAACCAUGAUCAAUUCAGGGCCAUGCACAGGCACGCUCAUGGAAAAUACGCAAGCAAGAUGGACACAAUGCAAGAUGCAGGCAGACGACGCUUCAAAACAGAUGAGCGGAGAAACGUGUCGUCAACAUGGUUCGAUGCGCGCCGUUUGGCGGGACGACGCCUGCUUUGAUGCCACUGCCGAUCGACGACUAAUACCUCACGACUACCAAGAACAAACACCCAUCCGUCUGCGCCUCCAGUUUUUCCAAGACCAACGGAGCAAAGCCAUACGCUACCGGCUGGCGUUGUCCAACAGGAAUUCUUUGACUUUGUUCCUGGGAUACACUAAGAUGGCUAGUCCUCAGACCAGUCACCUGGUGCUGCCAAUAAAAGCAGCUGGCAAAUGGGCUUCUUUCCAACCCUCGUCGAUUGCUUUUUCUCCGAGUGCCAUGUUUUCUUCUUUCUCGGAUCGGCAGAGUGACCAGCAUCGCACAACCUCGACUUCGAUACCUUGGUACCGACAGGCCGAGACCAAUCAGGCUGUUUUGAUGGAUGGAUUGCCUUGGGCUUUCGGUUUGGCAAUCGUGGUGCCCCAGCAGAAGUUCACCGAGAAGCGUGGGAACGAGAGACCUCAUCCACUUGCACUCGAGCCGGACAGCAACACCAACGGCCGGAGGCUUGUAAGCCGUUUCGUGCUCUUCACACCUUUGUUGUCACUUUCGCACGGGCCGCGGUCCAUCCCAUUCCCUCCCAUCCGACCAUCUAUCCCCUGUUCUAAGCUUCUUUGCCACUCCUGCGCCAUUCCUCAAGGCGCUCAGAAGCCUGUUUGCAUCCCAAGACAAACAGAUGAUUCGGACAUCGAUCUGGCCUUUGGACAUUCCGGCUCUUCAGAAGGGAAAAAAUCUCAAUGUCUCGAUGCUUGGCCUUUGACGGAAAUCAUGGCUCUCCCGCGGGUGUGUGUGCUCCAUCACACCAUGCAACUCGGAGCAGCCACGCUCGGGGACAUGGGUAUCGCAUCGUUUAACUGCACGAAGCCUUCGACCUGGGCCCAAAACACGCACCCUUACACGACUCGUCGUGUCGCAUACCCACCCGCUCGGCUUUUAGACUUCCCUCUCCCCCUUCUCCUGAUACCCCCUUCCUUCUUCUCGUCGUCGUCUCCUUUGAACUUCGCCUUCAACAUCGCUUUCGACCGGAAGCAACCUUGA